AAACUCUGGACUAAGGAAGGGCUGGUGACUUUCAAAAGAUGAAGACAAGUAGAAAAUUCUACAGGACUGUGUGACAGCCCAGAGUCACCGCCUCCCGGGAGUUUGUGAGCACUCGGCUGGAACCAGCAGGCUGGUCCACGGGCACAGCGCUAGUGGCCCCAUCGUAUCACAGCCCAUGGCCAAUCAGACCAUCAUAGUUCUGACACCAAAUGGCAUCAACUUUCCCAAAACGGAGGAUCCCAAACCCACCAACGAGGGGCAAGACAGCCUAGAGAAACAUCUUAAGACAGAUGUCAAAAUUCUUGGGACCAUCCAGAUCCUGUGUGGGGUGAUGGUGUUGAGUUUGGGAAUUAUUUUGGUAUCUGUUCCCUCUUCUCCACAAUUUGCCCCGACGCUUUCCGCCCUGUUGAAGGCUGCUUACCCAUUCAUAGGAGCCCUGUGUUUUGUCAUUUCUGGAAUUCUAUCAAUAAUCAUGGAGAAAAAGUCAACUAAGCCUUUGGCUCAGAGCAGCGUGGCUGCAAACAUUCUGGGUUCUCUGUUUGCUCUUAUGGGUUUUAUUCUCCUCUCUGUCAACCUGGCUGCUUUGGAUCCUGCCUUUUGGAAGUGCGAAUUGAACAAAGAGGACAAAGCACCUACAGGGGAUUACUUUUACCAUUAUAUGCACCCAUAUAUUAAAAAUGAAUGUUUCAUGGCCAAAACUACUCUGGCUGGAACUCUGUCUGUGAUGCUAAUUUGCACGGUGCUGGAGUUCUGCCUGGCUGUGCUCGCUGCUGUGGUUUGGUGGAAAAAGGCUCACUCCACCUUCACUGGGAGUGUGCUUUUCUUGCCUCAGAGUUACAAGAAUAAAUCUGGCAUACCCUUGGCAAAAUCCUUAAAGGCAUCUUCUGACCCUGGAUACGAAGAACUAUUGACUUCUUAG